GUACUCUUAAGGCUUAUACAGCCCAUAUGAAUCAUUUAAAUGUUGUGAGACUUUUCCCCCCUUGGAGUUCGUUUCUGUAAGUUGACUGGCUCCUUCCUUCUUGUCCUGCCCUCCUCUGGACUAAACUGUCUGGAGUUGGAGUUAAACCGUCGCCUCAGAUCCCUCCAGAGCGCACACAGUCGUCCGUUGUCUGUGUAUGAAUGAUGUCUCCUCUCAUUGCCCGCCUGCUGCUUCUUGUGUGCUUGGCUUUGCCGCUUUAUGGCGUGGAAAAGGUGAGAAAUAGAGGAUACCGAAAGGAUCCUGACGCAGAUAAGUGCACUGGAAAUGAUGCAGAAAAGCCCAACUGCACUAGACACUCUGGAGAAGGAAGAUCUGCUUCUUUGAACAACAUGUAUGGCAGUUGCAUGCAAGGGCCAGCAGGCACCCCUGGCAGAGAGGGUAACCCUGGAACCAAUGGCAUCCCAGGGACGCCAGGCAUCCCUGGCCGUGACGGGCUCAAAGGCGAGAAAGGCGAGUGCAUUAAUGAGAUCUUUGAGGAGCCCUGGAGGCCCAACUACAAGCAGUGUGCCUGGAAUUCUCUCAAUUAUGGAAUCGACCUGGGCAAAGUAGCUGAUUGUACGUUUACCAAGAUGCGUUCAGACAGCGCCCUGAGAGUCCUCUUCAGUGGAUCCCUUAGACUCAAGUGUAAGAACGCAUGCUGCCAGAGGUGGUACUUCACCUUCAAUGGAGCAGAGUGCACAGGACCCCUGCCUAUAGAGUCCAUCAUCUACUUAGACCAAGGAAGUCCUGAACUCAACUCAACCAUCAACAUCCACAGAACGUCCUCAGUUGAAGGGCUGUGUGAGGGUGUCAAAGCAGGGUUGGUGGAUGUGGCUGUGUGGGUUGGGACCUGUGCCGACUAUCCCAGAGGCGACGCAUCUACAGGGUGGAAUUCAGUGUCCAGAAUUAUCAUUGAGGAACUCCCCAAAUAAAGAAAAUGUUACAUGUUAGGGAGGGACCAGUCCUGGUAGUAUGACAGAUUGUUAUCUGGGCCUCCAAAACAAUCAGGUAUGGUUUACUGAGGCGUCACAGCAUCACUGCUGGUAACUUGAAUGUUUGUUUUUUAAAUUUUGGUUAAAUACUAUUCUAGCUGACAGGCGUAUAAACAAGAAUACUGUGUCAUUCUGUCAACCAGUAAUGAACUUUGUACUGUAGCUUUUCUGCUCAUGGGUGCUGUUGGUACUGUACACGGUAACCAUUGUGACAAGACAAUGACAAUAAUUAAACCAUGUACUCGUGUGACUUAUGUUUAUAUUCAUUAUUACUGUUAAUAAAGUUUUUUUUUUUAAA